AUGCCUCCUAAUGCCGUCAACACUGUCAAGUGUCCUGGAAAUAACUCAAAGGAUAACUCCUUAGUUGGUUCUUCCGAAUCACGAGGUAGGAGAACUGUUCUCUCUUGUAAUGAUCAGUUUUCCCCCAAUGCGACAUUGGACAUAAUGGCUAAGGCUGAAAAGGAGCUCUCCAAAAUUGCAAGGAAUUCUACUGAGUGUAUUGAUCUACAAGAUCAUGGAAAACUCAUUGAUGAAUUUGGCAAGUCUUUUGAUCGUGAACAAGUACUUCAUGGAAUUGUAGGGUCAUUCUUUAAAGAAAUUGAGAAACUUCUUCAAGACAAUAAUUUACAGCAUUGCAAGAUCGAUAAUCUUGAAAAGCUGAUGCUUGAAAGAAAAGAGUAUAACUCUUGGGUUGGAGAUUCUAUCAAGGAUCUUUUGCUUGUUCAAAAUGAUGUCAGGAACGAACUUACUAACCUUCAAUUGCAAAUAAAUCAACUAAUUGAUGGAAAAGCAAGAAUCGUCGGGGCUCAGAAUAUCUUGACUAUAAAUCAGAAGAACUUUAUUCUAGAUUGUGCAAAAGCUCGUCAUUAUGCUCGUACUAUUGAUCGAAAAGUAAGUGUUAUGAAUUUUGAACAUGGUGUUUCCACUGUCAACAUGAUCAAGGAUAUCAGUGAUUCCUACUUUGAUGGACCACUUCAGCGUUCUUUGGAAGAGGAUUUCAGACCUUCCACAGUCAAAGCUCGAGCUAAGGAGAAUCGUGAUGCACCCGCCGACAACCGACGAGUCACUUAUGAUGAGCUCAGGAAGAGAAAAGUUGAGGAUGACGAGUUGGAGGAUCGUCUACGGAGAAGAGACCGAAUUGAGCGCCGGAUAGCAGCGGCUGAGGAGAAGCUUUACUCCCGUGUUCGUGUUGAGGGUGUAUCUUCAGACUCUGAUGCUUCGGAGGAUGAAUCCAUAUGGGGAUCGCCGGAGCGCGAAAUCAAACCAGACCGGUUCACUAGAGAAAUUGAGAAGCUGUCCCGAGCUAAUCCCGAGGCUGAACGUGAGGAGGAAGCUGGCUGGGACGCUUAUGAAGAAGAUAUUCAUCCAGACUUUGUCAACGACCCUGAUAGUGAUGCUGAUGAAGAACGUGAAGAGGAUUUAGCGGAAGAUGAUGAUGAUGAGUCUGACGACUCUGAAAAAUCCGAUGACUCUGAUGAAUCUGACUGA